UCUGGGACGCUUGCCGUCCUGCUGUCCCCGGAAGCCAAGGCGGAGGAGGAGGAGGAGGCCUCUCCCCGGAACCCCCUGGGGAGGCGGGGCGCGGAGGGGACCAGAGACCCCGGGGGGUGGUCGGUCCGCGGUGGGGCUGACCAGGGCUGCUCCCCCGGCCUCUCUGGCAGCUUCCUCUGGCCGUGUCCGGGACACCUGUGGCCCAGAGGGUCCCCCGCAGACCUGAAGAAAGAGUUCUCCGACGACAGGACUGGCCCUGCCUGGCUGUCCUCCCUUUGGGCUCCCGCCCCCGAGCCCGGCGCCCGAGCUCUCCCCUCGACCUUUAGGCACCAGAGACGGGUGGCCUUUAGGCCUUUAGGCACCGGACAAGCGGCCUGCAGGGGGCAGAGUCAAGCUGGGACCAAACCCUCGCAGGCAGACAGGAGAGGAAGGAGCUGCACGCGGGCUGAGCCAGGGGCCACGGGUGGGGCGGCCAUCGCCGGUGUCCUGACAGCUCCGUGGAGCCUGCCAAGGGGUCUGGGCUGCUGGCCGGGGAAGGGGGGCGCCUUUCCCAGGCCAGAGGCCCCCACCCCACCCCAGGAGAGCCGCCCCCUCUCAGUUCCCAGAACGGAGCCCAGCUGUGGAACAGUGAGGGGUGAGGUCACGGGAGGGGCCAGAGGGGCCGCAUUACUCACAUCCUGGGGCUGGUGGGAGGGGGGAGGCGAGGGGGAGGGCCCCUUGUCCUUGGGCCGCUGGGGCUCCCGGCCCAGGGCUUUGGGGAGACACCAGGAGACCCCUACCCUGUAUCCCUUGUCUGCCUGCCCCCCCCCCCCCCCCCCCCCCCCCCCCCGGCCCCUGCCUGUCAGGGCUCCCGGGGCCACGUGCAGAUGGCGGGUCGCCGAGGGUGGCCCUCGGAGGGGCCGGCUCACAGGGCCGCUGUCGGGGCGAUGGCAAGGACAGCAGAAAACGGGGUCUGGAGCGGGGACCCCGGACCUGCCAUUUUGGCCCUGCCUUGUUCCCGCUCGUGAAUCCGUGUGCGUGCUGUGGGGUGUUUGGAACCGUGGGUGGAGGGUGGGUGCGCGUGCCACGCUGGCCUGGGUGUCGGGCUCACGGAGGACGUGUGUGUGUGCACGCGCAUUAUUGCCUCGUGUGCACCUGGGCGUGCAAGGGGGGCCGGGCCCGCGUGGGGCUCUUGUGGCCUGGACGUACCGCCCGACAGGUGGACCCCAGAGGAUCUGCUCAUGUCUGUGUGUGGGGUGACAGGCAACUUGCGGGCUCUGCACUCAGAUCUCGGGGCAAGGGUCUGGGGAGCGGGGAACCACGACCCUGGGCCCCGGGGCAACACUUCCCCAGAUAACGUGGCCCUGCAGCCUCCGAGCCGAGGGCCCAGGGCAGGAUGGGAGCAGGCGUGGGGAAGGAAGGGCUCCCUAGGCCCCCGGGCGUGGGAGCCGAAGGCACUUCUGAGCAUCGAGGGUGGGAGACCAGGGGUGCUGCGGGCUGAGCAGGUCUGGAGUCCCAGGUGGCCAUGGCGGGGGGCGGUGGAGAGGGGGAGCGGGCCUGGAGCCCGGGGCUGAGGAGGGCCUGGCUUUUGUCUGGGAGGCUCUGGGAAGACCUGGGACAGAUUAGAUCAUGGCUGGCAGGGCUGCUGAGACCAUGGAGCCGGCCGUCCCGGCCAAGGGACGGAGUCCCAGAAGGAGCGGGCCGCGGGGUCAGGCGGCGGGCAGCAGCGGGAAGGGACCUAGACCCCAGGCUAGGGCAGUGAGCCCUGCAGAGGCAGAGACCAGGACUCCCCUCUCUGGGUCCAGUGGAGCCUGGGUGGUGGGGGAGGCAGGGCCGUGUCGGCGACCCAGGCCCGGGGUGCCCCCCGGAUGCCGACAGUGUGAGAUCUGCUAGGCCAGGGCCAGGGGGACCAGGCUGUGAACCCCUCGUCCCAGGCUGACCUUGUGUCGCCCUUAGUGAGGGACCCCGAGAAGCCACGGGGUCAGCGUGCACCGAGGGAGCUAGCUCUCUGGCUCUGCGGUGGCCUCGGGUCCGUCCUCUGUGAACGGGCCCAGAGAGGUCAGGUUCGGGGUGCAGGCAGCCUCUUCUUGGGGCCCUUGGGGGGGCAGGAGGGAGUGCCCCAGCCGGGGUACCCGGGCAGGGAGGUGGCUGCCCGGCUGGGUCUGCCCCUGGCCUGACAGUGCCUGAUCGGCGAGGCUGCUGCCACCGAUUGCGGUGGGGACACGUGGCACCUGUCUGGUACCUGCAGCAGCCCCUUCCCGGGGCCUCGGGGGCCACAGAGCCAGGCCCGCCCGUGUCCCGGCUCUGAUUAGGUCCAGGAGGCCUGGCUGCUGG